GGGGCUGAGAGGAGGGCCGGUUCCGGCGAGUGUGGAGGAAAAGGUCUGCUAGGGUGUGGGCCCCUUUGGAACGAACGCUCGUGCGUCUUGAGGGGCAGCUACAAGUGCUCGUGCGUGUACACGUGUACUCGGGCAGAUCUGUGUAAACGGCACGUGUGUCCGGGCAGAGGCUGAUCUGAGUGCACGUGGGACAUUUUGCGCUGAGCGUAGUACAGGGGCCUUCGUGAACACACAGCCGCCUGGCUCUUUGUGCAGGAGCCUAUACCCAGUGAACUUCAGAGUGAGACGCGGUCCUAGCCCUUCUGAACGCUUGUUAGGGCGGAGCUCUGUGACGAGUGCUUUGUUGUAUGUCCAGUUCCUAACUGGUGCUCAAGUGUUAGUUAACCCGAGGCGUUUCUCCAGUCUGGGAGAGCUGGCAGAAGUGUGGCCUACAUUAACCGCUCGGAGGGAUCCUUAAAGGCAGUUCUGAGCACAUCAUCUUCUUAGGGAACAAAACCUAAUUAUUCUGGCCAAGAUCCUCGCCUGUUUUUCCUGCUUCAUUUUAAGCCGCGUGUUCCUAAGUUCCUAACAAACUUUCUCCAUUUCCCCAUUCCCUGGGACUUCUCGUUCUCUUCUGUCAUCAAAAGAUCCUUUAUAGUUUCCCACUGCCUCCUAGUUAACGCAUGUUUACCCUUUGUCAGGAUUAAGUCACUUCUUGAAGACUUUUCCUCAAAAAGAGGAAGAAAAGAGAUUUGUUGGGUUGUACACAAAGCGGGCCCUGGAUGCUGUGGUCAUUCUGGGGGGUGGAGGACUUCUCUUCGGCUCCUACCUGACAGCCACUGGGGAUGAGCAUUUCUAUGCUGAAUACUUGAUGCCGGCUCUGCAGGGGCUGCUGGAUGAGGAGUCAGCCCACAGGCUGGCUGUGCGUGUCACCUCCCUGGGGCUCCUUCCUCGAGCCACGUUUCAGGACUCUGAUGUGCUGGAAGUGAGAGUCCUGGGCCAUAAGUUCCGAAACCCGGUGGGAAUUGCUGCAGGAUUUGACAAGCACGGGGAAGCUGUGGAUGGCCUUUUUAAGCUGGGCUUUGGCUUCGUUGAGGUAGGAAGUGUGACUCCCCAGCCUCAGGAAGGAAACCUCAGACCCAGAAUCUUCCGCCUCCCCGAGGACCAAGCUGUCAUUAACAGGUGCGGUUUUAACAGCCAGGGGCUCCUGGCGGUGGAGCGCAGGUUACGGGCCAGGCAGCAGAAGCAGACCAGGCUCACGGCAGAUGGCCUGCCGCUGGGAAUAAACCUGGGGAAGAAUAAAACGUCGGUGGAUGCUGCUGCGGACUAUGCGGAGGGGAUCCGGGUGCUGGGCCCCUUGGCUGAUUACCUGGUGGUGAAUGUGUCCAGUCCCAACACCCCUGGGCUGCGCUCCCUGCAGGGAAAGACUGAGCUGUGCUGCCUGCUGACCAAGGUUCUACAAGAGAGGGACGCCUUGCAGAGGGCACAGAAGCCGGCGGUGCUGGUGAAGAUCGCCCCCGACCUCACGGCUCAGGACAAGGAGGACAUUGCCUGUGUGGUGAGAGAGCUGGGCAUCGAUGGAUUGAUUGUGACAAACACCACAGUGAGUCGCCCUGCCGGCCUUCGUGGUGUCCUGCACUCUGAGGCGGGAGGCCUGAGUGGGAAGCCUCUCCGAGAUUUAUCAACUCAGACCAUCCGUGAGAUGUAUGCAUUGACCCAAGGCAGAAUCCCCAUCAUCGGGGUUGGCGGCGUGAGCAGCGGGCAGGACGCACUGGAGAAGAUCCGGGCAGGGGCCUCCCUGGUGCAGCUGUACACGGCUCUCACCUAUGGGGGGCCACCCGUGGUGGGCAGGGUCAAGCGGGAGCUGGAGGCCCUCUUAAAAGAGCAGGGUUUUAGCAGAGUCACAGAUGCCAUCGGAGCAGAUCAUCGGAGGUGAGGACAUUGGCUUCUGGUAGCUGAUCUGGAAUCUUCCCAGGAACUCUGGCAAGCUGGGCUGGAUCGGGAGAGGAGGACUCUGUCUCAGGCUGCAGCCCUGAACUGGACUUGGCUGGACUGUGGGCCUGAUCAUGGGGGUCGCCAGGAUCCACAGAGGCUUUCUCCAGUCCCUUGGUCAGACCCCAAGCUACGUUCAUGAUUCUUUCUGGAUCCAAAUCCUGGGGUCCUUCAGUAUUGUAAGGACAUUGGAAGAAAUAAAGCCGUUUAAAGCCUGGA